AUUGAGAUGGGAAAACAAUCAGAUAUGAAUUCUGAAAAGGAUGCUGUGGCUGUGGGGUUCUUAUCAUUCUAAUCACUGCUUUCGCCAUCCUUGGGGAGGGCACCGGGGAGGAGACUAGUCUCUCUCUGGUAGUGUGCUGGAGCUAGCUUGCAAGAGCUGAUUGUACACAUCUCUUCCCAAGUUCACAUUCAGUGAUGUCGCACUGGUAGCUUGAAAUCACAUGUUGGGACUAUCUCACCAGGGAAAGCAGCCUAUACUACAAAUCAGGAUUAUAUAUAGAUUAGAUAUAGAUAUAGAUAUAUACCCACACAUUUUACCCACACAUAACUAUCUCUAUCUCCUCCCCAAGAGCUUCUCACAGCUCCCAUACAUACCUCCCCAUUUCAGCCCCCAUGUCUUGGGGAGUGAAGCAAGAAGUCUAAAAAAUGCUUAUAGCCCAGCUCUGCCAGGCAGAGGAGUCACUCAUGGCCCUUUCUCUUCCAUCCCAGGCCUGGAGGGGUGCGGGCACAUCAGCCUCUCAGCCUCCACCGUCCGCCUGGGGGAUGCCAUCACAGCCUCCUGCAUCAUCAAACAGAACUGCAGCUACCUGGGCCCAGAGUCACAGAUUCUAUGGAAACUAGGAACAGAGCUUCUGCCUGGGGGAAAGCAGCAGCGCCUGCCAGAUGGGACCCAGGAAUCCAUCAUCACCUUGCCCCACCUCAACAAUCCUUGGGCCCUUCUCUCCUGCUAUCUGCGCUGGAGCAACAGCCUACAGAUGGUGGACCAGGCUGAGCUGCAGGCAGGCUACCCUCCGUUCACACCCCACAACCUGUCCUGCUUCAUGAACCUCACAACCAACUGCCUCACCUGUCAGUGGGAGCCAGGACCUGACACCCACCUGUCCACCAACUUCACCCUGAAGAGCUUUAAGAGCCGGGGCAACUGCCAGACCCAAGAGGAAACCAUCCCUGACUGCGUGUCUGAAGACGGGCAGAGCCACUGCUCCAUCCCACGCAAACACCUGCAGCUGUACCAGACUAUGGGCAUCUGGGUACAGGCAGAGAACGUGCUGGGGACCAGUGUGUCCCCACAGCUGUGCCUUGAUCCCAUGGACGUCGUGAAAUUGGAACCCCCCACACUGUGGGCCCUGGGCCCCAGCUCUGAGGUGGCCCCACCCCAGCCAGGCUGUCUACAGUUGCACUGGGAGUUAUGGAAGCCAAGCUUGUUCAUAGAACAGAAUUGUGAGCUGCGCCACAAGCCCCAGCUUGGAGAAGCCAGCUGGGCCCUGGUGGGCCCCCUGUCCUCCAGGACCUUCCACUAUAAGCUCUGCGGGCUCCUCCCAUCCACAGCCUACACCCUGCAGAUACGCUGCAUCCGCCACCCCCUGCCUGGCCACUGGAGCGAGUGGAGCCCCAGCCUGAAGCUGACCACCCCAGAACAGGCCCCCAUCGUCAGACUGGACACAUGGUGGCGGCAGAGGCAGCUGGACCCCAGGACAGUGGAUGUGCAGCUGUUCUGGAAGCCAAUGCCCCUGGAGGAAGACAGGGGGCAGAUCCAAGGAUACCUGGUCUCCUGGAGACCCUCAGGCCAGCUGGAGACAGUCUCACCUCUCUGCAACACCACGGAGCUAAACUGCACCUUCCACUUGCCUUCAGAAGCCCGGGAGGUGAUCCUUGUGGCCUAUAACACAGGCGGGACCUCUCGUCCCACCCCAGUGGUCUUCUUGAAGAGCGGAGGCCCACCCCUGGGCAGACUCUAUACAGUGGCCCAAGACCCUCACAGCCUCUGGGUGGGCUGGGAGCCCUCCAAACCUCAGCCUCGGGGCUAUGUGAUUGAGUGGGGCCUGCAUACCCCCAGCCCCAGCGGCAGCCAUAAGACCUGGAAGAUGGAGCAUAAUGGAAGCAUUGCAGGGACCCUACUACAAGAGAACAUCUGGCCCUUUCAGCUCUACGAGAUCACUGUGACUCCCCUGUACCAGGACACCAUUGGACCCUCCCAGCAUAUCUAUGCCUACUCCCAAGAGACGGCCCCGUCCCACGCCCCAGAGCUGCAUCUAAAGCACAUUGGCAAGACCUGGGCCCAGCUGGAGUGGGUGCCCCAGGCCCCUGAGCUGGGGAAGAGCCCCCUUACCCACUACACCAUCUUCUGGACCAAUGCGCAGGGCCAGUCCUUCUCCACCAUCCUGAAUGCUUCCUCCCAUGGCUUUGUCCUCCACGGCCUAGAGCCUGCCAGCUUGUACCACGUCCACCUCAUGGUUACCAGCCAGGGAGGGGCCACCAACAGUACAAGCCUCAUCCUGGUGACCUUGGGCCUAGAGGAGUCUGAACUGUACAUCAUCCUGGGCCUGUUCGGCCUCCUGCUCUUGCUCACCUGCCUCUGUGGGGCUGCCUGGCUCUGCUGCAGACCCAGCAGAAAGAAUCCCCUCUGGCCAAGUGUCCCAGACCCAGCCCACAGCAGCCUGGGCUCCUGGGUGCCUACCAUCACGGCAGAGGUGAGAAUACGGAGGGAAAGGGAAAUGGAGCUGGGGAUAUCUGAAAUAAGUAAUGCCCUCACCCUAUGUCCUUGUGUCCAGGAGAUCUUCCAGCUGCCCAGCCUUUGGGACCCCAGCGUGCUACCCAUCACCAAGAUUACAGUUCUGGAGGAAGAAGAGAAGAAGCCAGGGCCCUGGGAGUCUAAUGACAGCUCAGGAACCUGUGGCCUUCCCACCUUGGUCCAGGCCUAUGUGCUCCAGGGGGACCCAAGAGCACCUUCUAUCCAGCCCCAGUCCCAGUCUGGCACCAAUGACCAGGUCCUUUAUGGGCAGUUGCUGGGCAGCCCCGCCAGCCCAGUGCCAGGGCACUACAUCCGCUGUGACUCCACUCAGCCCCUCUUGGGGGGCCUUACCCCCAGCCCCAAGUCUUAUGAGAACCUCUGGUUCCAGACCAGCCCCCAGAGGACCCCGGAGCCUCUAGUCCCAAACCAGGAGGAUGACUGUGUCUUUGGGCCACUGCUUGACUUUCCUCUCCUGCAGGGUCUCCAGGUCCAUGGGGUGGAAGGGCUGGGGGUCUUCUAGGGCUUCCUGGGACACCCCACCUGCUCCUUCAAAGGCCUUGGCCAUCCAGAGAAGAGGAGAGGAUCAGUAAGCCUGUCACGAAAAAAAACACCCUGCCCCAGGAAAGGCAAAAAGGCUCCCAGUCUCCCCCUAUCCCUCAGUCUUAGUAUCCCUCCACCACUUUCCCAAUUCCCAUGGGCUGGGCCUCCCACUUUGAAGAUCACAGAAUGCUUCCUCCCACCUCUCCCACUAGCCCUUUGUGCUUAUUUCCUGUAAUUUCAGUCACUUAAGGUGGUUUAUGGUUUGGUAUGUUUUUAUUUUGAAAAAGCCUUGAGUAUGUCUGAGUCUCUGUUCUUUUUAUUUUCAGGACCCUAGCAGUUGGGGGGUGGAGGAGAUUCUCAGUACCUCUCAGACUUGUUCAUUUGUUUAUUUUUCCUUAAUUCAUUCAUUCAACCAGCCCUCACCUAGCAUCUAGGCCCUAUGCUGGCAGCAGGGACGCAAAAAUUACUUGGCUCAGUCCAUCCUCAAAGAGCUCACAUUCUAGUGGUAGAGACUAGAAAACUGACCACUAGGACACAGUGACCAGGGUUACCUGGAGGGAGUCACCCAGUACUGUGGGACACAGGGAAUAGAUCUCAGAAAAAAGUAACCUCUGUUGGGGAAAAAUAAUUAAAAACAAUCUCCUGCCAACCUAGAAAACCUCUCUAUGAGGACAGAAGAAAAAAAGUUCUAUUAUUGAAUGAGCGUAAACCAGAAUGUGAUGCACAUCGCAGGGAAUCAAAUAAAGAGCUCGCAAAGGCAGAAAGAAAUAUUACCCUUUUAUAUAGCCAAGUGGAUACAACUUAUUGCAUACAUUUUGUCAGGAUAAACAAUAACUAGUUCCUAAGCAAGAGGACUUGACAGCGUCAUUUGUCAUACAGGGUCAUCCUAAAUUCACCUGAUAAAUGGAGUAGUCACCUGUGUUUGCUAACUGCAUUUAUCCAAAGGAAAAAUAAAUUUCCAGAUCUUUAUAAGAGGAGGUAAGUUUGCAACUUGGAGCUAGGCACCAGCUGAAGUUAAGCUCCUACCUUCCCACAGAAACUGGGAGGUAGGGACCCUAUCUUCCUUAAUGAUUGCAUUCAAAGAGAGGGCUCCCAGGUCCAUAAGAAAGAUUUUCCUGGGUUAUAAAACUGGCAAGAGGCUUAGCUUUUAAAAAUAUUUACAUUCAUUUCAAAAGGGCAAAAAUAAUUCACAAUAACAACUAUUCUUUUCCCUAUUUUGCACCAGGGAGAAUUAAAAUUUACUUCUUCUACUUUUAAUUUGUAUUUGUCCUUAUACCCCUCAUUUCAAAUAUGAUCAAAGCUAAUAUUCGUUGAAUGCUCACUAUAUACUGGGUGCUUCGGCACACAACUGCCUCAGUUAAUCCGCUUAUAACCUAAAAAGUAGAUAGUGUUAUCGCCAUCCUCAUUUGAUGGAUGAGUACACUGUGGUCCAGAAAGGCUGAAUGACUUGCCCACAGAAUCACAGAAUUCCAUCCCAGAGCUGUCCGAUUCCAAAAUCAACGACCCUAACCACCACGCUACAAUGCUGUCAAAGAGGAGGCUGAAACCCAGUAGCUCUUAAGAUGUAGAAAUACUAGGUUCGGGGGAGAAGGCUACAAAAGACCUCACGGAAGCCCGCGAAAUAACCGGGGCCCGGCGUCAGGACCAUAGAGUGGGAUUAAGGGCGGGAUGCAUGCCCGAGAAAAAGUGGCAUCUUAGAAAACAUACAGCACCGUGUACCAGUAACGCGGUCAGGCAACCACCAGUCCCCAAUC